AACUUGUAUUUCCUCUGCCUAAUAUUUCAGAGCUUCCAAGAGUCAGUUGUACAAAAUGCCCAGAACAAUUUAGGCUUGCUCUAGAAGGCAAGUUCCGUCUUCCGCGCCCGAGCUUCGACCUCAAAGCACACUUCAAAGUCAACGACGGCGGUACCAUACAAAGCAAUUCCAGCCGCUACACAUUUCAACAUGGCAUCAGGUGAUGAUCAAUACCAUCCAAAAGAUGCCGUCAAGGCGGCCAUUAGUGGCACAAUGAUUACUGGAGCUGCCGGAGGCCUGGUCUCAGCGAUACAAAACACUUUGACGAAGAGGAACGUGAAUGCGUGGGGAGUCUUUACGAAGACAGGAGGCACGAUUGCGGUAUUUGCUGCCGUCGGAGGAACAUACGAGUUCACACGAUUCGCAUCUGCCAAUCUGCGAGAACGAGACGAUAGCUUGAACACAGCGAUCGGCGGCUUCCUGGCUGGUUCUGUGCUGGGAUUAAGAUUUGGCUCUACACCGGCUGUCCUCGGAUUCGGUGCCCUCACAGCUGUUGUACUAGGGGCUUAUGAUUAUACUGGUGGAGCUCUGUCCGGUUUCAAGAAAAACAACGAGAUAGACGAGUUCGAGCGGAAACAAGAGUUGAGGAUGAAUCGUCGCCGGCCAAUUGAGCAGACGAUCUCUGAGCUGGGGGAGGGAAGAGGCAUAUACGGUCCAGGCUACGAAGAAAGAAGACGAGAGAGAAUCAAAGAGAAGUACGGAAUAGAAGUUCCAGCAAAGUCAUAGACAUUUCCAUCACAUUCGGGUUUCCGAGGACGGCUUUGCCGGUGUACAUAUGACCACGACUCUCAAUCAAUUCCGAUUGUGUUAUUAGGAUUGGAGA